AUGGCUGAAAACAAUAGAGUGGGUCAACAGGAUGACCCCGUGCCACCAAUAGUUCCACCACCUCACAAUCAAGCAGCUCAACCACGUCUUCGAGACAUCCAAAGACCAGUAAUAGCUGUUAACCCUUCUUGCAUUCAAUUAUCUGAUGCAGCUAGAAAUUAUGAACUCAAGACUUUCCAUAUGAAUAUGCUCCCUACCUUUAACGGUUUGGGAAGUGAAGAUGCUUUGGGUUUCAUGCGAGAGCUCUAUAGUACGGUACAAACUUUACCUUUGAAUAAUUUGUCUGAAGAAGAGCUUAGAAUGAAAUGUAUUCCAUAUUGCAUGAGGGGUGAUGCUAGGCAAUGGUUGUUAAAUUUACCAGAGGGUUCUUUAAGAACUUGGGAUGAUGUUUAUAAUGCUUUCAUGUUUAAAUAUUAUUCAUCUCAAAAGACAAUGGACUAUAGGAGUAAGAUAUGCACUUUCACUCAAAGAGAGGCCGAGUCUCUUGUAGAUACUGCUGCAGGUGGAUUCACAGGUGAUAAAAAUAGUGAUGAGUUAGAAGCUAUCUUUGAGAGCUUAGCUAGUAAUUCUCGACAAAAGGCAGUGAGAGAUCGAAGAGCUGUUGUGCAUGAAAUUAGCACACAAUCUGAGUUGACAACACAAAUGGCUGAAUUGACUAAACAGAUUAACUUGUUGAUGACUCGUGAUAGUUCGAAUAGAGAAUUUAGUCAUCACAACCAUCUUAUGAGGAAGCUAAUUACAUGGGAUCCAAUAUGGGUAGGCAACAACCAAGGAGUGAUCCAUUUUCCCAUACCUAUAAUCCAGGUUGGCGAAACCAUCCUAACUUCUCAUGGAGAGAUCAAGGUAAUGCAAGAUCAAUGGGACCACCUGGAUUUCAGCAACAAGGACCAUCAAGAUUCCAGCAUCAGCAAUACAGACCUUUCCAGCAGCCACUUGCACCACAACAGUCUCAACUCCCUGCUCAGGAGAAGAUUGCCUCAAUUGGAAGAGAUGUUCAUGCAAUACAUGGCUAGCCAGGACACUAUGAUGAAGAAAAUGGAUGCAAAGAUUGAUAAGGUUGCUCAGUCUAACCAAGCAUCUAUUCAUAAUUUAGAAGUGCAAGUAGGUCAGCUGGCUAAAUUGGUUGCAGAAAAAGAUCGAGGUAAGUUUCCUAGUACCACUGAAAUAAACCCUAGGGAAGGAGUUAUGGCUGUCACCUUGAGAAGUGGUAAGAUAUUGAAUGAAGUUAUGAAAGAAAAAGAACCCACGAGUGUUGAAAAAGAGAGUGAUAAAGAAGAAGAGCAAGUGCCUAAAGAGAAUUCUAGUGAUCAAAACCUCACAUCCUCUACAAUUAAUAUUCCUUUUGCAGAAGCACUUGCUAAUAUGUCGUCUUAUGCCAAGUACAUUAAGGAAAUUGUGUCUAAUAAAAAGAGACUGGAAGAGUUUGCUACUGUGCAUUUAAAUGAAGAUAUUAACCUUAUGCCUUUAACUCUUUUUAAGAAGUUGAAAAUCGCUGAAAUGAAGCCAACAACAAUCUCUCUCCAACUUGCUGAUAGAUCAGUGAAGUACCCGCUUGGUGUAGUGGAGGAUAUCUUGGUAAAAGUUGGUAAAUUUUAUUUUCCUACUGAUUUUCUGAUUCUUGAUAUGGGUAGUGACACAGAUACAUCUCUUAUACUUGGUAGGCCAUUUUUUUGA